CAGAACACUCCACGCCACAGCCACCACACCACCACACCACAACACCCACGUGCUGCCUGGCUGAUACACCAAACAACACCUCUCCCCAACCACCACACACCCCGUGUCCGACACAACAGAACAAUAGAAACAUGAGUGAUAUUGUGCCUCACAGUAGAGCCAGUCACAAGGCAGCAGUGGCCCAGUGUUCCCACCAAGUCCUAGUCCUGGGCGCUGGUUACGUGGCGGGACCUGUCGUGGAUUAUUUGUCCAGAGAUGUCGACACCUCUAUUAUUCUUGCAUCUGAAUUCAAGGCACAAGCGGAUGAGCUAGCUUCCAAACACCCUAAUGUGGAGCCUGUGCUGUUAAACAUUGUGGAAAGGCCGGAUCUGUUGAGUCAGCUGGUGGAAAGUGCCGAUGUAGUGGUCUCUCUCUUGCCAUACAGCCUGCACCCCACUGUGGCCCAGGCUUGCAUCGACGCUAAGACGCACCUGGUGACAGCGAGCUACCUGACGCCAGCCAUGAAGGAGCUGCACGAGGCUGCCUUGGACGCCGGAGUGACAAUAGUGAAUGAAGUGGGUCUUGAUCCUGGGAUUGACCACAUGUUGGCUAUGGAGUGCUUCGACCAGAUCCACUCAGGCGGCGGUAAGGUGGACAAGUUUGUGUCCUUCUGUGGUGGACUGCCCGCCCCACAGUGGUCCACCAACCCACUCCGCUACAAGUUCAGCUGGAGUCCACGUGGAGUGUUGCUCAAUACUCUCUCCCCGGCCCGCUACCUCCAAGACGGCCAGAUAGUAGACGUGGAGAGUGGAGGCGGACUGCUUCAAGCCACUAAGCCAUAUACCGCCCUGCCUGGCUUCAAUCUGGAAGGCUUCCCUAACCGUGACUCCACCAUAUAUAAGGACCUCUAUGGGAUCCCUGAAGCUUCCACCCUGCUGAGAGGAACCCUGAGAUUUGAAGGGUUCUCUGAGAUUUGCUUAGGCCUCAUCAGGUUAGGCCUGUUCGACCCCAACCCACACCCCAUGCUCCACACAAAUGGUCCAGAUGUCACCUGGAAACAACUACUGUGCUCACAACUGCACCAGCUGGACGCCACUAUCUUUGAGGACAACUUCCGCCACCUUGUCUCGGAGGCUGUUGGACCCAAGAUGACCCAGGCCUUGGCAGACUUGGGCUUGCUGAGCUCAGACCAAGUGAGGAAGGCCGGCUCACCUCUCGACACUCUCUCCCUCUUCCUGGCCAGUAGGCUAAGACUUGGUCCGGCAGUUGCCAGAUGUGAAGGUUCAACCAGUACGACUCCCAUUCCAGAGGCGGGUGAGAGCGACCUGGUGGUGUUGAGGCACGAAAUAACAGCAAAUUGGCCGGACGGAUCCACUGAAGUCAAGGGAAUCACACUGGUCGAAUACGGAAAUCCCAACGGGUACAGCGCCAUGGCUCGCACAGUGGGCCUUCCAGCGGCGAUGUGUACGAAGAUGGUGCUCGGAGGGGAGAUCCAAACGCGGGGUUGUGUGUUACCGCUCAAACGCGACAUUUACCAAACAGUGCUGGCUCGCUUGAGGCAGGAAGGCAUCCAGGCCAACACCACGUCCACCUUUGUGUGAUUAUGUGUUUGGAAGUGUGUUUGGAGGAUUAUUGUGUGUUUGGGUGUGUUUGAAAGUGUUUGGAGAAAAAAUUGUGUGUUUGGGUGUGUUUUGAAUGCGUAUGACAGUGUUUCGGUGUGUUUUGAGUGUGUUUGUAAGAAAAAUUUGUGUUUUUGGGUGUAUUUGAGUGUGUUUGGGUGUGUUUGGAAGUGUUUGGAG